CGCGCGCCUGGCGGCGUUUGCUCCCAUCACCUGCAGCAAAUCGUAACCUCCCAAUCCUUCAGAUUCUCCAUCCAAAAACGAAGAUGCCUCCAGGGAGGAAGGGACUACGAUGCACAAGGGAAUCACCAGCAGAAAUCACUCCUACCGAAUAUGAGAAACAGAGGGCAGCAAAUGUGAUGAGGAAUAAUCAGAUGUUCCAAAGGCUUGGGAUUAAUCAGUUACGCACGCUGAUGACUGGUACAAGAGUAAGGAGCAAAAAUGAUGGUCCAGAGGAAUCUGGGUCUUUGUUUGACGGCGAGGAGAGCAACGACUCCGAGAAAGAGGAGGAUUCCCAUGUUGCAAAAGGUGUAUGUAGCCAUAACUCCACUGAUGUUGCUGACAAACCUACGCAAGGAACACGAGGAUCUAAAAGGGUUGUGGCCCCUGAUGUUCAUGGGCAACAAAUUAGAUUCACUAGGCAAAGGAGUGCUGCCAUAAACCAACAAUCUUCUCUAAGCCUAACUACUACUACACAUACCGGUUCAAGAGCCACCACAAACCAAGAAUCCCUCCAAAACUUGACUGCUCCAACACACUUUACUUCAAGUGUUGCCACUGAGCAAGAUUACACCCAAGUCAUGACUGAUGUUGCACAACCUAGCUCUCCUAUACAAGAUGAGGUCAAUGACCACAUCACAGAUGAAGAAUUGGUACCAAGGCAAAGAAGUAGGGGCAAACAACUUGAAUCCUUGAGCAGAGGGUUAGGCUUUAAGAUUCCAAUCCAAAUCUCUGAUGGGAAGCGAAGGCCAGAGCCACCUAUUCAAGCUGCAAAGUUUGCAUCAGAGGGUGGGAUCGUACUGAGGCAACAUAUUCCAAUAUUUCCGCACUGGAAGGAGUACAAGAAGAAAGAGAACGAGGGUAAAAUUAUAGACUACAUUGGCAAGCUUGCUGGUCAAUUCACCAUGGAUGUUAACAGUAGGGCAGUCAAAGAUGCGUGUGUUGAUAUGCUAAAAGGUGGACAACGCCAAUUGAGGUAUAGGCUGAAAAAAAAGUACUUCACUGGAGUUCCUGCAAAUCAAGUGAGGACUACAUCGCCCAUUUCAUGUAUGACUGAUGAUCAAUGGAGGGAGUUGGUACAAUUGUGGUCUACCCCAAACCACAAGAACAAUUGUGUCAAGAACAAACUUAAUCGUGAGAAAGUGCAGUUUGGACAGUGCACAGGAUCUCAAUCAUACAUUGCAAAAGCUUAUGUAGUGAGGCAAGAAAAAUAUAAAGAUGUUGAACCUAGUGCAAUUGAUCUUUUCAAGGAGAUGCAUUGCAGCAAGAAAAAAGGAUUUAGUGAAGUCGUUCAGAAAGCUAUAGGUGAUAUGGAAGCAAUGGUGGCAGCACCAGUUGAAGAUGGAGAGUGCACAAAGUCUUCUAUAGAAGUUGUUUCCAAUGUGCUGCCGGAUUCAAGUAAAUUUCUUCGCAAUGCUGGUCUUGCGUCCUCCAAGAGAAGCAACACUGGGACAGUUUCAGCAAGGAUGCAAGAGAUUCAGUCUCAAUUGGACACUGAGAGACAAGAAAAAGAUGGACUUCGCGAAGAAAUGGAAACACUUAAGGCCAAGUCAGAAGCAUCCGAGGCAACCAUUGCUAAUCAAUCAACUGAAAUUGCGGAUUUGAAGAAGUCCUUAGCAGAAAAUACCAAUCUCCUUCGACAAAUAAUAAGCAUCAAUCGUAGUUAGAUGGCUCCUUAAGUAUGCUUGCCAAGGUGUUGGUAUCAACCAUCCCGAAGCUCCAUCUCACAUAACUUUGCAGCUGUUUUUAUCCUUAUGCUUGCUGUAUGGAAUUGCAACUUCUGGAUAUUAUGUGUUCUCUUAGUACUUGUUAGGUUAAAGGAUUAUGAAUCAUGUUCUUUUAUGUGUUGGACGUAUUAUGUUUGAAAUAUAUGUGGAUGUUGGAAAAAGUUGUCACUUUGUAUGAUUGUAAAAUAUAUGCAUUAUGU